AAACUAAGGCUUCUCCUCCCAUGCACUUGUCUUCCCCACCUCCAACACAGCUCCUUCCCUGUCCCUCCCACAAACAUAACUUCCCACUCUUUCAUGGCUACCUCGUCUCCCUGUCCUUAACCUGUCCCACAACACAACACUUCAAGUCCUCCCUCCCACACUCCUUUAAAUCCCCCACCCCGUUUCCCCUUUCCUUCAAUAUUCUCUGACACACACACACACACACACACACCCUUAUCUUUCUGUCGUCUCAGGUUGUGUUUUCCUCAGCUCACUUCCUUGUCCGACAAGUUACCCUUUCCUCGCUGCAAUGUCUAGCCGGAGGUCACGUUCCCGACAGCCGGCGGAAAGUUCCAGGAUUUCCGACGACCAGAUUGCCGACCUCGUCUCCAAGCUGCAACGCCUCAUCCCUGAAAUCCGUGGCAGACGUUCCGACAAGGUUUCUGCCUCGAAGGUGUUGCAGGAGACAUGCAACUACAUAAGAAGCUUGCACAGAGAAGUUGAUGACUUGAGCGAUAGGUUAUCCCAGCUUUUGGAAUCCACUGAUGGUGAUAGUGCCCAAGCCGCCAUUAUUAGAAGCUUACUUAUGUAAUAACUAUUAAUUUUUUUUACUUAUUAUGAUAUCCGGUAUUUUCACUACUAUCUUGUGAAACUAAUUAACCCGGGAUUGAUAUGGGUUAUGGUCAUAAAAUUUGACUUGAAAAAGGUCCUGACCCGAACUACUGCUACUACUAUUAUUGUUAUUAUUAUUAUUAUUAACUGUGUUUUUAUGUUCAGACUUCAGGUAAGCUAGCUAGCUACCUACUUAAUGUACUUCAUUUCCAGUUUUUAAUAUAAUAAUAUAUCACAACAUUAUCAGCUUCUUUUAA